UAUAAGAGCAGAUGACAAGCACAAAUAAUCUUCUAAUGUCGACAGAUAUUACAAUUCCUAUUUCUGUUUUAAGGGUGCUGUUGCCCCAUGUGAUGCAUGGUUACCAUAGUGAUUGGAGUCACUGGGGCCUCGGAUUGGAAAAGUGAUGAAGGGGGUGAUGUGGCAGGGUUUAUACUAGUUCUUUUACCAAAUUCUGUUAAGUGUCGUGAAUUUAUUAUUUUCUAAAAGUGUUUCUUGAUGAAAUAAAGACAAACGAAAUGUAAAAAAUAAAACACCAAAAUGACUCCUAAUCUUAAAACAGCAUUUCAUUAUCAUGACAGCAAGUGUGACAAAUAAGCACUUCCUUUGGUAGUAUAUUAAUAGUGCUGACUGCUGAGACUGCAGAUAAGUGUCAUACAUUUUAUUUUAGUGCAUAUGUUUCUGUAUGUGAACAUUUUCACUGUUAUUGCUACGGUAAAAAAAUGUGUGUUGUCCACUGCUAUCUGUCAAGUUGUGACUGCAAGUCUGUUGUUUGUUAACACUAAUGUGAUACAAAUAUUUGAAGAGUUUGGUUACAAAAUGAACAUGUUUUUUUAUUGUGCAUUCCAAUUAAUAUCAAUCAAACUGCAGUUGGUUUGUUAUGGCUUAAAUCAAAAUAACUAAAACAAUACAGCCAACUAACACAAUAAAAACAUGAAAACAUCACAAAAAAACAUGAUUUUUGUGUUAUCUCGUUUUGGAAACAACCUCUUCAUUUUUCUUCAAAUAGUAUCUAGAGUUAAAAAUACCCUUGUCCCAAGAAUCACAUUUCAUAACUUUACAUUUUCCCUAGAUGUUCAUAUUUACAUCUAAAAUGAAUUAUAUAGUUGACUCCCAAUAUAUGUUUAAGGGGUUUUAGUGUUCUGUUCUUUAGACAAGUGAAUUCACAACAAAACUGAACUAUAUGUUUGAAACAAAUACAAUAAAAUCACUAUGUUAAAGAGAAAAGUUCCCGAUUUGAUAGCUAGUUCCCCUUUUUCUGAAUGGUGUGAACGUCAUGUUCUCUCUGCACUGAAAAUAGAACAGAGUCAGUGUGCAUUGACCUCACAUGUUUCAAAUCUGUAUAAAUGUAUUUGUUCAGAUGAACACAGUGAAAGAUAUAUGGAAGAAUGCCAAAUUAUUCUUGGCCACCACGAAGAAAAAAUGUCAAUGCUAGUCAAAAGUGCCCCAGAACUGUUUGAAUUCCUACAUUCUUCAAAAUAUCUUCCUCAGUGUUCUUCAGAACAAAGAAACUGAUACAGAUUUUGAACAAAUUGGAUGGUGAGUAGUGAAGAAUAAAUUUUCAUUUUCAAGUGAACUGUUCCUUUAAGAAGCUGUUAUAAUGCGUGACCAGCAGGGGCGCCACAAUUAAUAAUGAUUAUAACAGUUCACGCCUGAAGGCAUUUACGUUAAUACCUUAAUCGCAACUUUACAGCACGGUUUUGAAUCGCUUACGAUAUCUCAUAAGACAUCCCAUUAAGACUAAUUCGUGCGCUUUCGCAAAAUAACGUGAGAUAAAGUUAACCUAACGUCAUGUAGUCUCAGCCCCGCUCGAACAUCGCUGAUUAUCCGAUACUACAUGCAUUUUACGGGGCUAUUGUUUUUACAAUUAACGCCAGCUGAUGAGGUGUUAGAGGACGCGCCUACGUCUUCUUUGAACUCGACUAUGGCUGAACUAAGCACGGCUGGACUGGCGUCUCUGUUCUUGCCACCCAUCUACCACACUACCCUUAUCCACAUUGUUAUAAGGACAUAAAUAACUUACAUUAUUGGCAUGAAUAAAACCAAUGAAGUAAACUGAUAAGGAAUAAAAACACCGAUAAAAGAAGAAACGCCUCAUAAUCCCAUGCCGUAGAUUGUGUAAAAAACGUUCCUAAAUCACGAAACAAGGCGCAAAGUCUUAACACAUCGCAGGCUAAUGAACUGCACCUGAGCUUCUGUGAGUGACUGGUCAAAAUGGAUCAUCUGCGCAGCAAGGUGAGCCGUGUUCCCCCUGAUUUGAUGAGUAUUCAUAACUCGUAUUUUUUGGUUCGCUCCCUGUUUAUAUUGUCAAAACUACACUAAAAUGCAAUAAAGUUAGGUCUGUGUGCAAAGAAGAUCACUGCCUAACACGGGUUUUGUGACAAGUAGAUGUGGGAAUUUAGGUUUCAGGCACCUUGUCGAUCUGAUGAUGCCAAUGUCCAAUUAGUGGGGAUUAUCCUCACUUGAACGUCCCUCUAUUGUCUUCCCGCCAGCAGCACUGGAUAAUCCAUUACCCGACCAUCAACGAAAUGUUGUUAAAAAGGGAUUUUGAGUGGUUAACGAUUUGAUUCGAAGAUGUCAAUACGUGGUUUCAACUAUUAAUCUUCCCACGUGCAGCAGUAUGAAAUCACGUCGUAUUAAUUAAUCGCAAAAGUAAUCGAAAGUAAAUUGAUGACACAAUUGUUCUCAUGAUUAUUAUUCUUUUGUAUACACCGAGCCAUGUUACAGCUGUUGAUCCCCCAUAGAGACAAAUAAUAACUCUGUGCGAAUUGAGUUGAUUUGUUUUUUAAUUUGUCUUGUAUGACACAUGAUUUAAUUUUGAAAACUCAUCAAGAGAAAGUUAUGAAAACUUGAAUUGGCAUAUGAUUGUAACCUAAAAUGAUUGGUGCCUUCUCAAAAACAAAAAAUUCUGAGAAAGCAUGCCUGGUAGGGAUGUGGCACUACUGGGGAGCACUUUAAAAAUGCCUUUAAAAUGUCCUGACGCAUAACAUGUAUAAAACCAGAUAUUUUAUUAAUGUUCGCUAAUUGUACUUAUUAUGCACGUUAUGGGCACGUAUCUGACUACUACUUUUCCAGACAACACUAAAAUUCACACCAGCGCUGUUCCCAGGACAUCAGCUGGUCAUCUAUUAACACAAGAGUGUCAGAUGCGCAGACGUGUUACAUGUUAUUUGCAUGGCCCUUAGCGGACUGAGCCGAAUGAUUUUAUGGCUUUUUCUAUACAAUGUAGAGCAGCCCCUUACAUUUCAGUGUCAUUUCCCAGUAAAAAUAAAAACGUUCCCAAAACAUGAGGUCACAAAUUAAAUAAAGACAUUUGUAAAAUAUAACGUUAAACUAAAUUAGUAAGUUUCAAAAUGUAGGUUAAAAAGGUAAAAAGAACUAUUAGAUCAGGAAUUGAAUUCCGUGUAGAAAUAAUAUUAUUAUUUUAAAACCUCUUAAUUGUAUUAAAGAUUUGAGGGCCAUUUGUUAAAAAAAGUGUACGUCCAGUGCUGCACGUCUAUAUGCGCAAUCAACAGUCAGUGUAUUGCAUGAAUAGGCCUACACUACUCUUUAAACAUGCACGUCUUAAUGAAUGCAUAAUGGAGAUUAGCUGAACAAUUUGAUCCCUUUGGACAGUCCAACACAAAUUGUCUGACGAAUCCACAAAUGGUGCAAAUAAAUAAAUAAUUAGCUUUGAACAUGACCAGUGCAAAAAUACAAAUAAUUUUAUAAAACAAUGUACCAUUUAAACGUAUUUAUUAAGAAAAAUGUAUAAUCAAUCCUCACGACUAAGCAAAAUAAAAAUACUGAAGGACUUUGUGGAAAAAAAGUUCAUGCUUUGAAGUGCAAUUUCAAUGACAACCCGACGUCUUUUCACAACGAACUGACAAAUGUUGGGAGAUGCCUGUCACUCAAACUUGGCUACAGGUAUAAAUGCCGUGCUCGGUCAAGCACUAAGUCAGUUGUCCCCAUCUCUUCCUGGCUAUCCAUCUCAGUGCUCGUGCCUUGGAUCUCAACAAGAAAGGAACAUUGAAGAAUCAGGGGUCGCUCACGCAACAAUGAACCAUUGCCAGCUUUUUGCAUCUUUGGUGAUGUCUAUGUGCUGUCACAUACUGUCGACAACAGCAUGGUCGGUGAAUAAUUUCCUGAUGACAGGACCAAAGGCUUAUCUUACAUACACAAGCAGUGUGCAGGCAGGCGCACAGAGCGGUAUUGAAGAAUGUAAACAUCAGUUUGCAUGGGACAGGUGGAACUGCCCGGAAAGCGCACUACAGUUAUCUACACAUAACGGUCUGCGGAGCGCCACCAAAGAGACCGCGUUUGUGCAUGCCAUAAGUGCUGCUGGAGUUAUGUACACUUUAACGAAAAACUGUAGCAUGGGCGACUUCGAUAACUGUGGCUGUGACGACUCAAAGAUUGGAAAAAUGGGUGGUCGUGAUUGGGUUUGGGGAGGCUGUAGUGACAAUGUUGACUUUGGGGAAAGAAUCGCCAAACAAUUUGUGGAUGCGCUGGAAAACGCUCACGACUCUCGCGCAGCAGUCAAUCUGCACAACAAUGAGGCUGGUCGACUUGCUGUCAAGGCAACGCUUAAGAGAACCUGUAAGUGCCACGGUGUGUCUGGAAGCUGCAGUAUUCAGACAUGUUGGAUGCAGUUAGCUGACUUAAGGGAUAUCGGUACCUAUUUGAAAAUCAAGUAUGACCAAGCGCAAAAACUUGAGAUGGACAAAAUACGGAUGAGGGCAGGAAACAGCGCCGACAAUCGUGGCGCCAUCGCGGACACGCUCAGCACUGUGGCGCGCACAGAACUCAUUUAUAUGGAAAAUUCUCCAGACUACUGUAUGAAAAAUCUCAGCCUGGGACUACAUGGGACAGAAGGCAGAGAAUGUUUACAAAGCGGGAAGAAUCUUUCUCAGUGGGAAAAAAGAAGCUGCAGGAGGCUCUGCCACGAAUGUGGUCUGAAAGUAGAAGAGCGAAAGAUAGAGACUGUGAGCAGUUGUAACUGCAAAUUUCACUGGUGUUGCACAGUCAAAUGCGAAACGUGCACUCAGAAUGUUACCAAGUAUUUCUGCGCAAAAAGGAAUAAAAGCCGCCGGCCGCACAACCAUUCACGCAGAAAGCAACAUAAGCGUAAUAGAUGACAUGCUCAUCUUUGCAAUUAUAUUUAGUUGUAUAUUUCUAAUGUAAAUAUAUUUUAAAUGAUAUUUUAAAAUAUGCUGUUUUUACUUAUAUUAUUCUGCACAUUACUCAGGAAAAAUGACAUUUCAUGCACUUUUUCGAUCACAGAUUUUUUGCUGAAAUAUGUUGAAAGAAUGUUUUACAUUUUUGCACCGACACAAUGUUUUAUUGAAGUUCACUUGACAGUGUGUACAAUUUCACAAGGGGUUUGAAGUGUUAUGUAAUGGGACUUAUUUAAAUCAAUUAUUUUUUUAAACUAUUAUCACAAUGUGUUUAUAUAUUCGCUUAUUUUUUCGUGGGAAGAACAUUAAAUAUAAAAAACUACAGUGGUGAAUUUAUUGCACAAUUCGACAGUGUUGAACUUAAAUGAUUAUUGAUGAAUGCAUGUUGUAAAA